UCCGGGUACUGUUGAACGCUUUUUUACAAGAUGGCAGCUUGCUCCUGAAAUUCGAGGUGUUUUUUACAACACUUGAGUGUGUGUCUUUUUGUUGCUUCACCUUCCUGCCGAUCAACAUCACUGCUGCACUAUGGUGUCCUAUUACCAAUAAGACGACUACGGGGGAAACGCACAUCUUCUCUGUUUCAGCCUCUUCGCUUUUUUCCUUUGGCAGUGAAAAGAACACAUGAAUCCAAUGAUUGACGAUCAAACUGUCGAUUCAACAUGAAAAUUGAUAGGACCAAGUUGAAAAAGUCAUCAACAGAUGUGCCUGCUGACUGUAAGGCACUGAUUGAAAGAUUAAAGAAUUGUUCUGAAGAUGAACUAUUCAGUGAGUUGACCCAUAUAAAGUCAUGGACUUAUGGGAAGUGUGAACUCUACCAUUGGGUAGAUGUUUUGGAUAAAUUUGAUGAAAUCUUGGAGAAAGCAUGCCAGAGCCAUUCUUCCAACAAAUGGACAUUUGCUUGUGAUGUUUUGGGCAAUGAGAAGCUGAAGGACCUGCUACUCCAGGUGCUACAGUUUACAGCCCUACUCAUAGAACACAGCUUCUCCCGACACCUGUACAAUUCGACGGAGUAUUUAACCAUACUACUCUCGUCAUGUGAUAUGACAGUGGUCCUUGCUGUACUUAAUCUGCUGUAUGUUUUUGGAAAACGUUCCAACUUCAUUACCAGGUUGGGUGUGGAGAAGAAGCAAAGUCUCAUAUCUAGACUUACACACUUGGCUGAGAGUUGGGGUGGAAAAGAAAAUGGCUUUGGUCUUGCUGAGUGUUGUAAAAAUAUACCUGUUUCCAAUUUUUCUCCCAGUGCUACUACACUCCAUUUUGAAUUCUAUGCCGAGAACAAAGAUGAAAAAAGUGGGAAAAAGGGUUCUGCCAAUGUCAUAACCUGCAUUCAUAUGGAAAGUGUAGACAAGUGUGGAAAGGUGCCAUCUGAAAUAAUGGAAGAGUUAAUUAACAGUUUCAGCAUCCCAGAGGACCGACAGAUGCUUCUAUAUACUCAUAUUAGAUUAGCUUAUUUGUUCUCCAAAUAUGAAGCUAGAAUACAGUGUGUGCAGGCCCGACUUCAGGCAUUAUCAGUACUUGUAUAUUCUAAUGCCAUUCAAGACAACAUGAAUGCCUUGCUAUAUCCUGGUCUUAUUGAAGAGCUGGUUGAUAUAAUUGAAUUAAAAGAUAUGGAUAUUGUGGAUAUCAAGGCUGCUGCAUUACGGACUCUAACAUCAAUAAUACAUUUAGAAAGAAACCCAAAAUUGAAUGCAAUAAUAGAUGCUACUGGCGCAUCUCUAUAUCAUGGCUUCUUGCCAGUAUUGGUGAGAAACUGUAUCCAACGCAUGAUAGAUCCUAACAUGACUCCCUUCCCUCAACUAUUUGCUACCGCGUUGUUUUCUUUUCUUUAUCACCUUGCCAGUUACGAGAGUGGAGGUGAGGCCCUAGUUUCUUGUGGAAUGAUGGAAUCUUUAUUAAAAGUCAUUAAUUGGUAUGGUGAGGGCCAGGAGCAUAUCACUUUUGUAACCCGUGCUGUUAGAGUUGUUGAUCUCAUCACAAAUAUGGAUAUGGCUGCUUUCCAAGGACAUGGUGGCUUAAAUGCAUUCUUAAACAGACUUGAGCAUGAAGUCAAUGUCUGCAGAAAAGAACAGCCUUUUGUAAUCAGACCAGCCAAAUCCCAUGACAACUCAAUGGAUGUGAAUCCUGAUUCCCCAUCAGCUAUGGAAACUGAUAACAUCCGACAGGAUGGAGUAGAAGCUUCCACUUCUGAUGCUUUACCCAAAGUAGAUAUCAAUGAAUUAAAAGUGGAUAAACCAGGCGUGCAGUGUUUCCCACAAAGAGCUGCAUUAUUAAAAUCUAUGUUAAAUUUUUUGAAGAAAGCUAUUCCAGAUAGCUCCUUUUCAGAAAGCAUCAGGCAUUUAAUGGAUGGUUCUUUACCACAGUCUCUCAAGCAUAUUAUAAGCAAUGCUGAAUAUUACGGACCAUCUUUAUUUUUGUUAGCUACUGAUGUUGUCACAGUGUUUGUGUUUCAAGAACCGUCCUUGCUGUCAUCUCUCCAAGACAAUGGCCUAACUGAUGUUGUUCUUCAUGCUCUCUUGACCAAAGAUGUCCCAGCAACACGUGAAGUUCUUGCAGCUUUACCAAACGUUUUUAGUGCACUUUGCCUGAAUGCAAGAGGUCUCGAGGCUUUUGUUCAGUGUCGGCCAUUUGACAGACUAUUUAAAGUUCUUCUAUCUCAAGACUAUCUACCAGCAAUGCGGCGCCGCAGAAGUUCUGAUCCUUUUGGAGACACUGCCAGUAAUUUGGGCAAUGCUAUGGAUGAAUUAAUGCGACAUCAGCCUUCUUUGAGAACAGAUGCCACCAAAGCUACCAUAAAGCUAUUAGAAGAAGUUUGUGCAAUGGGCCGAGAUAUGAAAUAUAUGUGUCAAAAACCCCAACCAAAAGCUGAGCAAUCCCAGAAUGCUUCGCCUCGAUCACCUCAACCGCCUGAUGGCGGUGGCUCAUCAGACGAGGAUGAAGACGAUGAUGAUAUGGCAAGCACUGCAAGUCAAAGUAGUGGCGCAAAGCAGCUCUUAGCUUCUGAACAGGCACAAAAUUCCCAAGAAAGACUUGCAAUCCCUCUCAUAGACUAUAUUUUGAAUGUAAUGAAAUUUGUGGAAGCUAUCCUCAGCAAUAAUACAACAGAUGAUCAUUGUCGUGAAUUUGUUACACAGAAAGGUCUCACCCCUCUGAUGGGAAUUUUAGGUCUUCCAAAUCUCCCAAUUGAUUUUCCUACAUCCCCUGCAUGUCAGGCAGUGGCUAGUGUCUGCAAAUCUAUCUUGACUUUAUCAAGAGAGCCACAAGUGUUAAAGCAAGGUCUCCUUCGUUUGAAUGAAGUAUUAGAAAGUUUAGAAAACUUCCACAAGCCAUUGCCUCGUCCAGGUGGUUCUCUCCUCCUUCGAGAACUUGCCUUAGCUGCCAACAUUCCUGAUGCUAUCUACUGCCCUCAAGCCACACCUCUAUUACACUCCUUAUCUGCUGCUCAUGCAUACGUUAUGAUGUUUGUUCAUGUCUGCCGAAUGGGACAGAGUGAUAUUCGAACUAUUUCAGUGAGUCACUGGGGUUCUGAACUGGGGCUGCAAGUCUUGACUGGACUUAGCCGUCUUUAUUGCUCUCUUGUGUGGGAGAGCACAGUGUUACUGGCUCUCUGUACGGAAGACAUGUUGCCUGCGGAUUGUGAAUUUGGCCGAGCUGACUUGGAGAAACUAAUGCCAAAAGAUGUCAAAGGUGAUAAGGAUGAAAAGACUACAUCUGAGGGUGGUAAUUCUGCGUCUGGUAGUGGGGGCAUGACUGCUGCUGGCCUCAAGCAUAGCACAGAUGAAAUGGGAAGUAAUGGAGUGAGUGCUGCUCUCGAAUCCCUUACUACUUCCGAAAGCCAAGAAACACCAAUGGAGACAAAUGAGGUAAACAGCUUAGAAAAGGAAUCCAAGAAGUCCAAAUUGUGUCCAACUUUACAAGCUCAGGUGAAACAGCUGAAACCGUUGUUAUCGGUGACCUCUCGGCUUGGCCGAGCACUUGCCGAACUGUUCAGUUUAUUAGUAAAGUUGUGUGUUGGGACCCCUGUGCGACAGCGCCGCAGCCACCAGAUGCCAGCCACGCCCACCAAUCCUACUCCUGCUGCUCAGGCUGUAGCCAAAGCCCUAAUGAAACUGUUGGCUAAUGCUUUCAGUUGGACACCACCUCCAAGUUCUCCUGUGCCUAAAUUGAGGUUAACAUUCCUCGUUUGCUGUGUUGGUUUCCUCUCUCCGAUGCUAUUUGAUGACAAAAAGUUGCCCUAUCACUUAAUGCUGCAGAAAUUUCUAUCCUCUGGAGCACAAGCAGCAUUUUUUGAUUCUUUCAACUGGGCUCUUUCUAUGAGAGGCAAGUGUCCUGCUUCUGAAGGUCUUGAACAUCCAGACCUUCCAGAAGGAACUGGAGAAUUUCUUGAUGCUUGGUUAAUGCUGGUUGAAAAGAUGGUGAACCCUAAAACUGUUACUGAAUCCCCACAUGUCCUUCCUGCCAAAUCCAGCCAACCAGGGUUCGUUCCAUUCAGUCCUGUCCAGUAUUUGAUAACAACACAAAAGGCUGCUUUUAAUGCUGUGAUGAAUCUUUGGAGAAGAAAACCCCUAAAAACCUAUGGCAGCCGUAUGUCAGAAUCUAUGUUGGCCAUUUUGUGCCACAUUAUUAAAGGAGAAAGCAUUAUAAAGGAGCAGUUGGCAAAAGAAAAAGAAGCUACUGAAAAUGCUGCUUCUACUUCCGCUGUUGAUGGCAAAGGAAGAAGGGAAGAACCAGAAGUUAAUCAGAAUCAUUUACAACAGCUGGUAGAUAUGGGCUUCAGCCGUGAACAUGCCAUGGAGUCAUUACUUCAUACUGUGACCUUAGAGCAGGCCACCGAUUACAUACUUACAAACAUGCCACCGUCAAUGACUGCUGGUGUAAGUAGUUCUCUUAUAUCUAAUCAAAGUCUAGAUAUGGAAAUGUCUGAAGAAGAUCAGAUGCUCAGAGCAAUUGCUAUGUCUUUAGGAGAAAAUGUUGUUAUGUCAACUGAUCAGGAGGAAAGUAAGAAAAGAGAAGAAAAAUCCUCUGAGCCAGAAGAUGAAAACCAACAAGCAGAAGAUCCUUUAGAUUCCUCUGUACUGGCAGAUUUCUCUGCCAAUGCAUUACCAGGAUGUUUGUCACUGCUCGACAAGUUACCAGAAACAGUGUAUAGGAUUUGUGACCUUGUCCUUGUAGUGUCACAGUAUGCUGGAGAUGAACUUAGGAAAAAGAUGCUGCAAACCUUGACCAGUGAGAUUUUCCAACUUGGUGAGAAAAUUUCUCGGGAUGUCCGAUCAGCUAACAGCAUGAAAUGUGAAGAUGUAAAGCUGGUUUUAGAAUCUCAAGAAACUACAGCUUUUGGUGCCAGGCUUCAUUUGUUGAGCCUUCUUUGUGAGGAGGUGAUGAUCCCAACAGCCAGAGUAAUUCAGGAUAGCAAUAUUGUAUGUCUGCUAGUAGAUGUAUUGGAAGGAACUCAGGAAUACUUAGCUCAGUCUAAAGAAUCUAUCAGUCUCAAAUGGAUGGCACCUCUUCUUCUCCUUUUGGAUUUAUAUGAAAAAGUAGCUGUGAUAUCCAAACGCAAGACCGAAGCUGAAAUUUUAUUGGCUAAUUGUCACACUUGGAAAUGGUUUGAUGACCGGAGUGGGCGCUGGUGUAAUUACAGUGUGAGCAACAACAAAACAAUCGAUGUAGCCUAUCGACGUGGUGAAUCUAGUGUAAAAUUUCAAGCUGGAAGAAGAAGGUACACGGUUCAUUUUAAUACCAUGGUCCAGAUUAAUGAAGAAACUGGGAAUCGGCGCCCAAUUAUGUUGGCCUUGCCUGGCAAAGAAGAGAUCAAAGAAAAAUCUGCUGCCAGCAACAGCAAGAAUUACCCUGCUGAACCUGCUGCUGCCUCUGAGGUUUCUCAAGAAUCUUCUACUACUAAUCUUGGCACCCCCAGUAAUACCAGUGCUGUAGCAGCAAUAAGCAGUACUACUGCUACUACUACUAGCAGCAACACAUCAGCUGGCGCCCCAGUCUCCCCCCCACCGCCACCCUUACCAUCUAUUUCUGAAGAGACGAAGCAAGAAGUGGUCAUCCAUGGACUCACUGAGGAGAGUUGUUCAAAGGUCAUUGUAUCAAUGGUGAGCUUGUUGUCUGUACAGAUUGGUUCCAACACUUUAAGCGCAGCAUUGCGCUUAAUUCUCCGUCUAACCCGUGAACAUAAAUAUGCCAUGAUGUUUUCUGAACUUGGUGGGCCAAAACUUUUGCUCCAUUUACGACAGCCAGUAUUGUUCCAAGGCUUCACAUCCUUGGUAACCCUCAUCUUUAGACAUAUUCUCGAAGAGUUGUCAGCUCUUAAAUACAGCAUGGAAAAGGUGAUAAAAAUGGCAUCGAUGGGUGUUGGAUCUCCUAUCAGUGGAAUAGCCCAAAGCAGUCCUGGUGCUAAAGAAAUGCAUUACGUAUUACGAAUCCUUGGCCCCGCAGCCUGUCGCUGCCCUGAAGUUUUUGUAGCCAUCGCACAACAGACUCUCCGUAUUGCUUUACCACCCCCAUCCAAAAGAGAUGAAGAUGAAGCACGAUCAGCUGCUCUGAAUACACCUCAGAUGGUGAAAUUUGUCGCGAUACAAUCGUCAACCACAACACCAGUGAAGCGUGUCGUGAAACAGGUGGUAGCUGAGCUGCUAAAUGCAUUGAUUCUAUGCCAUUCCCAAAGUUCUUCUUCUCAGCCAGCCACUAACACAGAAGACCUGGACAGACCAACUGGUCAGGUUCCAUCUGCCACCCAGGAAUUAGCCACAGACUUGUCAUCCAACAGUUUGAAUGCCGAACCACCUCUGAUGGAACAGAAUGCGGUUAGCCUUGCUCCAAUGCCUGUUCCUGAUGUCCCUGAAAAAGAUGUAAGUGAACCUGGGAAAGAACAGAAACCAGUUGCUGAUGACCAAGGGCAGAAGCCGUUGCUUCCCAAGUCGGCCAUUCUGCGCCUGUUGUCAGAAAUUGUGAAAUCCUAUAGUGCAUGCACUCAGUUGAUAACAGAACACAAGUACACUGCUGGUCAAAGUGAACUUAUUACUGAGAAUUGCAACAUGUUGGCAUUUGUUCUUGACCAGUUGUUACCUCCCUGCCAAACAUCUGGAGACCGUGACUGUCCAGCAUUAUCAAGGGUUUUAAUUGCCAGCAUUGCCUCAUGCAAUCAUUGCCCUGACGCUCAGACCCAGUUAGCUAUUGAAGUAAAAGCAGCCUUGCAGAGGGCUCUGAAUCUUCCUGAAAGUUCCGAGAAACACUUUCGUAUUCAAGCCUUAACAGGCAUUAUCAGCACAAUGAUUGAAUCUUGCCCUACACCUGGUCAGGUACCAAAUCAAGUAUUUAAAGGUCAGCAAAACCUCAUGAAUGUUGUGGUGAAAACGUUGAUUAAACGAGGUUUAGUGAAUGACCUUGCCCGUGUACCGCACAGCCUUGACCUCUCCAGCCCGUACAUGGCAUCUACCAUCAAUGCCACAUUGAAACCUUUGGAAACACUAUCUAGAAUUGUGAACCAGCCACAGGCACUUUCUACUAAAUCUAGAUCUAAAAACCAGGGAAUUAGCCGAGAAGUAAAUUCCUUUGUAGAAACGCUUGCUAACAAUGUGGAGGGCUUUUUUGGUUCCCUUUUAGGAGGAGAUAAUCAGCAAAAUUCUAGCACUUUAGAAUUGGAAGAUGCAGCUGCAGACCAAUCAGAUAUCAUCACAGAAUCAACUGUUACUGCUGCCGAGUCUGUUGAUAGUGAGCUACAGGCUCACAGUAACUUAGACCAUGUAAUAGACGAGUUAUUUCAAAGAGAUUCAGGUCGUGAUCCUGAACAGCAAGUCAUUAGUGAAAUAAUUAUGGAAACAGCUGAAGAACCCUUGUCGGCUCACAAUGAUGACGAGUCUCCAGAUGUUAUUAUUGAUGUCGAUGUUGAGCAGGAAGAAAUAGACAGGCAUGAUUCUCAGAUGAUAAGUCAAGAGAGUUCUGAAGGUGAGGAUGCUGAAAAUAAUGAAGAUGUUCAUGAAGAAGAAGGUUCCGAAGAGGAAAGUGGUUCAGGGGAUGAGGAAGGAGAUGUCUGUGACAAUGAAGAUGAUGAAGAGCAUGAAGAUGAGGAAGAUGAGGAUGAGGGUUCUGAGUGUAUGAUGGAAGCUGAUGACGAAGAUGAAGAUGAUGACUACCAGGAAGUGGAUAGUUCAAUGGCCCAGGCUGUUGAUGACGACUAUCUCCUCCGUGUGGAUGAUGUGUUCUCAACAGUGAUCCACAGGAACUAUAGUAAUCAAAUCUUUUCAGGCCAGCAUGUUGUUUUUAAUGAUAAUUCCAGUUUUCGUACUUAUCAUUUGCCAUUCUCUCUCCAUGAAGACAAUGGUAAUGAAACAUCAGUUCCUUCUUUGCCACCUGCUCCCAGUUCUGUGCCUACAACCCAUCCACUUUUGGUCCGUAACCCUGAACCAGCUCCAGUGAUGGGUGUGGCCCGCGUUCAUCGUGGCAACAGGCAGCGUAAUACAUAUCGCUUUAACCCAAGCACCUCAACAUUACAAGUUAAUAUCCACAGUGCUAACAACAGACAACCAAACACACCAGUUAUAUUACAAAGAUUACUAGGGCCAGACGUUCUACAGCUGACAACUGGUCAAGGAGCAGUCCCCUCACAGGCAAGAAUGGUUUUAGCUAAUGAAGAUCACCUGCGGUUUGUUUCUUCGCGCCAAGAUGAAGAUGUCUUUGAUGAAUUGUUUCAGGAUAAUUACCCUGACAAUAGUUCUGCCGGUCCCGGUGUCCUUUCUUGUAUUCCCUCAACACUCACACGUUGGACUGAAGAAGCCAAGGUGCUUGAUGGUGAUAGUGUACAUGAUUGUGUGACCAUUUUGAAGAGUCAGAUCAUUGACGUUUUGGAGAAACAUCGCAACAUGGAAUUAGAGGAACGCCGAGAAAAACGGCGAAAAGCAGCUGAAGAGGAAGCUGCCCAGAAAGCUGCUCAAAGCAAAACGGAAGAAACGAAGUAUGACAGUGCUAAUGCUGAGAAAAAGACUGAAGCUCCAACUUCAAACAUGGAGGUAUCUUCACAGGGAGGAAGUGGUAACGAAGCAGCUGCCGCCACUCCUGUUUUGACAUCAAAUUUAGGAACUAUUCCUGGGAAAGAAAACACUAGUACUCCUACAGGUGUCACUACAGAAAGUCAGAGUUCUGCUAUGGAGGCUGAACUAUCAGAGCAGGGUGCUACCUGGACCCCUCCUGGAAACCAGCCAUCUUCAGAGGAGAAGUCUGAUUUCUCUACUGUGACAAGCAGUGUUCCUCUUCCAACAGGGGACAGUGCAGCACAGCCAGCAGCUUCAAGCACUUCAGAUGGAAUUGGACUUUUGUGUACGGCUGGUCAGGUUUUGGCUGAGUCAUUCUCCACGCCCCCUCAGCCAAUCCCAAUCAACACCCCUAGGGCACCAGUACCUUCAUUACAGACGCGUCUGACCACAAGAAACAAAAAUUCCAACAUGGAAGACGAGACUCCAAUGGAAGUGAUGGUAACUUCUUAUAGCAGUGCAGCGACUGCACCUCAAGAAGGUGCUGCAGCCAGCAGUAGCCAAGAUGCAGGAGCUGUCUCUUUUCAACCGGUUUUGAGGCAGAGUUCCGAUGCUGAAGAGAAACCCAGCACUGGCUUCGUUCCAGAGAGCACAUCAAUAGACCUCAGUGCUUCGUCUUCAGUUGUUUUUGGUGCAAUGCCUGAUGUUUUAGGGUUGCCAACAACCACCACCACCACAACGACAACUACUACUACUGCUGCCAAUACUCCUGUCAGCUUGCAUUAUACAGGCAUGGCGAGUACUGACCCGACAACGCCAAUUCGAACUCAGGCCAGUGGUAUGAGUAUUCCACAGUUAACUUCAAGCUUAACACCAAAUAAUAUGACCGAUGUAUUGGCUGCUACGGUUUUUACUAGUACACCAACCACUGAAAGCAAUAAUAUAGUGUCUGUCACUGAUCGACCAUUAAGUACGUAUGGUCCAGAUGUCAGUUUUAACCAACCUCAACCUGCAAACCAAGAACAAGGAGAGCCAUCACUACCUGAAGGUGUUGAUCCAUCAUUUUUGGCGGCCUUACCUGAUAACAUUCGGCAAGAAGUGAUAGCAGAACAGCUUCGAUUGCAACGCAUCCAACAGAGAGCUCAACAACAAGCUCAGAAUAGUAGCAGUAGUAUGGGUCAUUUGGAGGUGAAUCCUGAGUUCUUGGCUGCACUGCCACCGGCUAUACAAGAAGAAGUACUGUCUCAGCAACGUGCUGAACAAGCCAGGUUGACUGCCCAACAAAACCCUACCAAUCCAGAAACUCCAGUAGAUCCAGCAAAUUUCUUUGCAUCGUUGCCAAGUUCUCUUCGUCAACAAGUGCUAGCAGAUAUGGAUGAUAGUAUGGUUGCAGUGUUACCACCUGAUCUGGCUGCUGAAGCCCAAGCGCUGCGGAGAGAAUUGGAAGAACGGCACCGUCGCUUAAUGCAAGAACGUUUCUUUGCUCAAGCUAGUGCAGGUUCGCUGUCAGCUAUACUCCGGCAAACUGGUCUUGCUGGAAGAUUGGGUACACGCUAUGCAAUUCGAGCUGCCCCGCGCAGUGGUAACCAAUGGUGUUGGAGUGGAAACCGUCCUGGACAGAGCAAUUUAAAUGCCAAUUCUGUUAAACUGCGAGGACGACUGCUGCUUGAUCACGAAGCUCUGACCUGUUUGCUUGUACUGCUGUUUCUUGAUGAACCUAAAAUUAACACAAACCGUCUUCAUCGUGUCUUUCGGAACCUCUGCUACCACGCACCAACUCGAGCCUGGGUGGUACGGGCCCUCCUCUCAAUCCUCCAGCGAACCAGCAACUGCACAAGAUUUGAUGGUGUUGUGGGUGAAAAAGGUAAAACAGACAAAUCGAUGAGGAAACGGUCUCAUUCCAUGCAAACUGACAGCAUAGCUGCCUUAAAAGUAGAUACCAAGAACCAAGCGUCAUGGCUGUCUAUUAGCCUGGAAGCAGCCCUCGGCUGCAGGACUAAUGUUUUCCAGAUACAACGAUCUGGGAAGAAACAUCCAAACUUGGCUAACUCUACUGUGACUAUACAUCAUCAAGCCGCUCCUGUGGUGUGUAGACAUGUCUUGGACUCUCUAAUAUCAUUAGCAAAGAGCUUUCCUAGUCAGUUCCUCCCACUCAGGAAAGCGAAAGAAGUUUCAAAAUGUGAUACAGACAAGGAUAAAGAUGGCAAAGAUAAAGAUGGUAAAGAUAAAGAUGAUGUUGAUAAACAGAAAGAUAAAAUUGAUGGGACUCCAAGCAGUCCACGUAUUAAGGAGCGAUCUGACAAACAGGAACCGAGUGGAAGCAGUCGACCUGAUUCAGACUUUUGGGACCUUCUAGUACGCCUGGACGGUCUGACUAACCGAAAGGGCAAGGGUCUACAGCGAUUACACAGCACAUCAGGUGUAGACACCGAAACCUACAAUGUAACAGAUUUUGAAUCUUCACCUCUCGGACAGUUAAUGGCAAUGCUAUCACAUCCUGUCAUUCACUCGAGUCAAAUGUUAACGGACAGAUUGUUACGUUUGUUAGGACUUGUAUCAAUUGGAUUACCAGAAUUAAUGGCUCAAAAACCACAAGAAGUCUCUACAACUAUGAAUCCGGUCAGUGCAGCGGUAACUACGCAAGCUGCCCCUACCUCAAUGUCGUUAUCCAUAGCUGGUGCCCCUGCUGUAGCUGGUAAUGUCACCUCUCCUGCUGUUACUAACCAAGCAGAUCUAUCUACAUUGACAUCUACACUACCUGAAGCCAUCAGUAAGACGCUUUUAGCAGAAGAAAUAACAGAGAAGACAGAGAUUGAAGAGCUGCAAGAUUCAUGGAAGAACCUCCUUAUAUUAGAAAAUCAACUUCAGUUAGCAGUUAAGGUGUUGACUUCCAAGUCUUGUUCUGAAGAAGGUCUGGAAGAUGCCACCAAUCUGUUGCUGCAGUUGUCUAGAGCCAAUUCUGCUACCCACAAUGCUGUGCUCAAAUUACUAUUGGAUGGCGCUCGAGAACUUGGUCACACGAUCUGUGACCAUAUCCGUAAGCUGCUGGUAGAAAUCAAAGAAUUGAACGGGAAGCUAAAAGAUAUCCAAGGAGAUGAGUCCAAGGACACAGGUCCACUGGUGAAAGGUUAUUUGACGGACAGGUUCACCCGAGCAGUUAAUGUUGUUGUGUCUGCCCCCACUAAAAUGAAGGGAGGUCAUGAUCUACAGUUGCCGUCAAUGUCUAUGUUGACCAGUAAGAACUCCAGCCAACAGUUCUUCCUUCGUAUCCUUAAAGUAAUCAUUCAUCUCAGAGAUGCUGCACGUCAGUCACUUGCCAAGAAGGCAAGAGCCGCAGGUGAAAGAACUCUAACAGACGAUGUGUUGGCACCGACCAUGGAAACAUUGAUAGACACCUCUGGCAGUGGUGGCGCAAUGUUCUCCUCACAAGAUGGAGCAGCUGCUACUCAAGCGCCUGCCUCUACGGCCAGCGGUACCACUGCUACAGAUGCUAACACCACCAGUACCAGCAGCAGUCAGGAAAUGACCAGUUCCACUUUAUCUGAGAACCAGCCAUCACAAUCUAUUACACAGCAACAAAGUUUCAUAGAAUCCGUCACUUUGAUGACAGAUUCUCAAAUGGAUGUCGAUCAAGCAGAGAAUUUAGUUGAUGACCGAAAAGGACGAUCAAGGAAGGAAGGAGAACUUCCUCGCCUUAGUGAUCAAUUACAGUUAGAUGAAAUGUGGCAGACCCUUGGAGACUGCCUCACAGAAUUAGCCAAGACACCUGACCACCAUGCCGUACUGAUUCUCCAACCAGCUGUUGAAGCCUUCUUUCUUGUGCAUGCUGGUGAGAAAGAAACAAAGAAAAACGAGCAACCAAGUCAGAAACGUGAAGAUCAGUUAUCUCACUUGAGUAUGGAAGUUGCACCAGCUUCGCCAUCUCCAGCAUCUGUUAUGGAGAACUCCACGUUACUUACCCGGGAAAAUUCUGUGGCGUCCGUAUCCUCUUUGGGACAUGCCUCAAGUGACACACAGAAAUUUUUAAAGUUUGCUGAAACUCACCGAACAGUAUUGAACCAAAUACUGCGACAGUCUACAACGCCCCUCGCUGACGGUCCAUUUUCAGUUUUGGUUGAUCACACUAGAGUCUUGGAUUUUGAUGUGAAGAGAAGAUAUUUCCGACAGGAACUAGAACGAUUAGACGAAGGUUUGCGUAGAGAAGAUUUGGCCGUCCAUGUAAAAAGGGAACAUGUUUUUGAAGAUUCCUUCCGGGACCUGUUUCGUCGAUCUCCUGAAGAAUGGAAGCACCGAUUCUACAUUGUGUUUGAAGGUGAGGAAGGUCAGGAUGCUGGUGGCUUGUUAAGAGAAUGGUAUGUUGUAAUAUCAAGAGAAAUUUUCAACCCGAUGUAUGCGUUGUUCCGUACAUCUCCUGGAGACCGAGUCACCUACACCAUCAACCCAUCAUCCCAUUGCAACUCUAACCAUCUCAGCUAUUUCAAGUUUGUUGGCCGGAUUAUUGCCAAGGCCAUUUAUGACAACAAGUUGUUAGAGUGCUUUUUCACACGCUCCUUCUAUAAACAUAUCAUUGGGCAGGCUGUCAAAUAUACCGAUAUGGAAAGUGAAGAUUAUUCCUUCUACCAAGGACUGGUCUUUCUGCUUGAAAAUGAUGUCAAAGAUCUUGGCUAUGAGCUGACGUUUAGUACAGAGAUCCAGGAAUUUGGUGUCACUGAGGCGCGAGAUUUAAAACCAGACGGACGCAAUUUAACUGUAACGGAAGAAAACAAGAAAGAAUAUGUAAAAAUAGUUUGCCAAAUGAGAAUGACCGAAUCGAUUCGCAAGCAGCUGGAUGCUUUCUUGGAGGGCUUCUAUGAUAUUAUUCCCAAACGCUUGAUCUCUAUCUUCAACGAGCAAGAACUGGAGUUGCUCAUUUCUGGUUUGCCUAACAUUGAUAUUGAUGAUCUGAAGGCUAACUCGGAGUAUCACAAAUACCAACCCAACUCUCUACAGAUCCAAUGGUUUUGGCGAGCAUUACGAUCUUUUGAUCAAGCCAACCGUGCACGGUUUAUCCAGUUUGUUACUGGAACUUCAAAAGUUCCACUUCAGGGCUUUGCUUACCUGGAGGGAAUGAAUGGCAUCCAAAAAUUUCAAAUCCACAGAGACGAUCGCUCCACAGAUAGACUGCCCACUGCACACACCUGCUUCAACCAGUUGGAUCUUCCUGCCUACGAGACCUACGACAAAUUGCGGCACAUGUUACUGCUGGCAAUAAAUGAAUGCUCUGAAGGGUUUGGUCUGGCUUAAUCAUUUCAACAUAACCAAAUGGACUUCAACAUGAGAAAUAUAAAAAAUA